CUGAAUCCCUGUCUUAAAACCCUAAACCCACUCAUCGCUGAAGGUGAAGGAACAGACAGAGAGAAACAAAACACCCAGUCAUGGCGAACGAAAACGACGCCGGCGGCGAAGCCCUACGGCGCGUGACUGCGACGGAACCACCAACAUGGCUGGCACCGAACCCAUCGCUAUCUGAAACCGCUCGUACUGCAUCGCAGUACCUGUUCUCCACCCUCAGACCGUUCACCCCGAAAUCGCCAUUGGACCAACUCCUUGUUGAUGGCUUCGACGUAGAGCAGAUAUGGCAGCAAAUCGACCUUCAAUCACAGCCUCUUUUGUCCACCCUCCGUCGCCGAGUGAACCAUCUGGCCCAAAACCCUGAAGAGAUUUCGCAGCUGAUGGUCCCUUCGGGUGCUGGGAACGAGGUGGAGACAGAGGGGCGAGAAGAGUGGGGCGAAGAAAUUGACGGUUUGGAUGAGGAAUUGGAUGAUGCUGAUGAUGAUGAUGAUGAUGAAGAGAUGGUAGAGAUGGAGGAGGGAGAAGAUGAGGAAGAAGAAGAAGAAGAAGAAGAAGAUGAUGAGGAGGAGGAGGAGGAGGAGGAAGAUGAUGAAGAGAUGGAGGAUGAAGACGAGGAGGGAGGAGGGAGCGAAGAGGAGGACGGUGAAGGUGGUGGCAUUGAGGAUGAAUUCUUGAAAAUAGGUGAAUUGAACAAGUACUUGCAGAAGGAGGAAGAGAAUUUCGAGAACGGAGAUGAAGACAGGAAAGGUGAGGAUGAAGAUGAAGAUGAAGAUGAAGAUGAUGAUGAAGAUGAUGAUGAUGAGUAUGGUGGUUUUGGAAUGGAUGAUGAAGAUGGAGAAGCAGUGGGCAUGAAAAAAGCAAAAAAAGCAAAAGAUCCAAUGUAUGAAGACUUUUUUGGAGGUAAAAAGGACGCACAGAAGAAAAGACCUUCUACCCAUGAAAAGGAACUGGAAAAAAUUCAAUCAAAGAUAGAGCAGAUGGAGCAAGCUAACAUAGAGCCAAAAACUUGGACUAUGCACGGCGAGGUAACUGCUGCAAAGAGACCCAAGAAUAGUGCAUUGGAAGUUGAUCUUGACUUUGAGCACAAUGUGAGACCUGCUCCCGUAAUCACUGAGGAGGUGACAGCUUCAAUUGAGGAUAUGAUCAAGAAAAGGAUUCUUGAGGGACAUUUUAACGAUGUUGAAAGGGCUUCUAAACUGCCAUCUAAAGCGCCCCGGGAAUUGAAGGAGUUGGAUGACAAUAAAAGCAAGCAGGGUCUUGCAGAACUUUAUGAGCAAGAAUAUGUUCAGAAGAAAGACCCCAGUUCGGCACCAUUGUCAUUCAAAGAUGAACUAAAGAAUGAGGCAGACAUGCUGUUUAAGAGACUCUGUCUGAAGCUGGAUGCCCUUUCUCAUUUUAACUUUGCUCCAAAACCUGUUAUCGAGGAUAUGUCUUUUCAAGCUAACGUGCCUGCUCUGGCAAUGGAAGAAAUUGCUCCUGUGGCUGUUUCAGAUGCUGCUUUUCUGGCUCCUGAAGAGGUCUUUGAUGGUAAGGGUGAUGUUAAGGAAGAAGGCGAGCUGACAAAGGAAGAAAGGAAAAGGAGGAGAGCUAAUAAGAAAAGAAAAUUUAAAGCUGAGGCAGUAAAAAGGCCAGCAAAGAAGGUGCCAGAGGGCCCAUCUCCUAUCCAAGUAAAUGGCUAAGAACAAUUUCAUAGGAUUAUUUACAGAAGCUGCACAACUAGCAACAUUAAGUUCAUUGGGACCCGUGGCAAAAAUAAGCAAAAUAGAAAAGGAGGAGGAUUUUUGGAGUCAGCCAUCAUAAAUGAGUGAUGCUAUUGGUACAUGCAGCAGUGGCUGAUGAGAAUAACUUGAAUGCUCCUAUAGAAUUGCUUAUUCUCAUUGCUCUUUAAAUUCUAAGUUACCAUCAAAAUAUUGAUACCAAAUUCGCAGUUUAGUUGCUUAUUUUUUGGCACUCAUUAUAUGAAGUUUAUAGCAGCAGGGGUAUCUGUUCUUUGCAAAUUUUGUAUUUUAUUUUACUCACAGGUGAUACGUUUGUAUUGGUCGAUACUUUCAUAAAUUUAAUUUAAUUGGUAGAUAUUAAUUA